AUGUUACUAUUAUACUGUUCAUUUCCAUGGAGACUGAACGGUGUGUGUGGUGUUGAAGGGAAGUCAGUGUCGGUCACUGAAGGAGAUUCAGUGACUCUAAAAUUGGCUCUUGCUGAAAUCCAGAGCGACGAUCUGAUAAUGUGGAGAUUUGGACCUGAGGACUUUCUCUUAGCUAAAAUCAGCAGAAAGAGGGAGACUUUUAAUGGUCCUGAUGGAAGAUUCAGAGACAGACUGAAGCUGGACAAUCAGACUGCAUCUCUGACCAUCACAAACAGCAGAAUCUCAGACUCUGGACUUUAUACAGUGAGCAGCCGCACUAAAGGAGAUACGCCACUUCGCACAUUCAACCUUACUGUCUAUGCUCGUCUGCCUGUUCCUGCUAUCAGUAAUUUUUCCUCCUCAUCUUCAUCAGUGGAGUAUUGUUCAGUGAUGUGUUCAGUGGUGAAUGUGAGCGCUGUGAGUCUCUCCUGGUACAAAGGAAACAGUGUAUUGUCCAGCAUCAGUGCGUCUGAUCUCAGCAUCAGUCUCUCUCUUCCUCUGAAGAUUGACUGUCUGGAUGAUUCCUACAGCUGCGUGAUCAACAAUAUCAUCAGCAACCAGAUUACACAACUUAACAACACUGAUCUCUGUCAGCCAUGUUCAGUCUGUAACUGCUGUUGUGGUGCCACUGAAGCUGGGAUUCGAUUGGCUCUCUCUGCUGUGGUGGGUGUGGCUACUGUUGCUGUGCUUGUUAAUGACAUCAGAUCCAGAAGAUUCCAACAAAGAAGAGAGAGAAUUGAUUAAUGUGUUAGUUCACCCAAAGAUGAAAAUUGUUAUUAAUUACUAAAUAAUUAAUGAUCAGAGCACAAAUUAAAAAAUAUAUAUAUAUGAAAAGUCUG